AUGAUCCUGGACAAGGUCGACUUCUCGCAUAUCGCAAGUGCUUUCAAACUGCGCGAUUACACAUAUAGCGGAUGUAAUCCUGCCAGCUUAUCAAUGCCUGUAGGCCACAACGUGCAGAACCUGAUGCUGCAGCUCGAGAAAGAGAUAUCUUCGAGCGCGCAAAACAGCGACGUCGAGCAGAAGCAGAACAAGCAAGACUCAAGUUGGCCAAGAAAGAAGCACGAACACGUAUCCGGCAGUUUGAAGACCAACGACGAAUGGAUGACAUCGACAUCAGAACUCCAGAAAGAUCUACCGAUAUCGCAGAGAGGGACUCAGCAACGCAGAGACUGUCGCAAAGAUCGUCUCCAAGUGGAGAGCCAGAGCCAGAUGGUCCAAAGCACUCCAGAAAGUCAGAAGCAUAAGCUCAGGAAGCUUGAACGUCUCACCAUCCGGACAACCUGCGCGAAUGCAGCCAGACCUACUGUGUCCAGGCACCCCAACAAGAACACGCGCAUCGUCCACAAGUUCAGUAAUGAGUGCACCGCAUUCAGAUACUUCUCUCUUGAAGCAGCAUUCGAACGACUUGUUGUCACCGCUGGCUCCAAGAAGAACCCGCGCCUCGUCGACUGA